CGAAGCACACACUGAGGCUAUGUAGGAAUUCUGCUUGUAACUGCGCCUUGUAAAUAGUUCAUUUCUAUCGUGAUUUUCUGUAUUCAACUUAUUACAGUUUGAACUUUUAAAAGACUCUCCAAGCAAAAGUAGCCUACGUGGGCCAUCAGGACUAUUCCAUAGCAAUCCACAGUAUGGAUGCUGGCGAGCAAGGACCCGCACUUUCCGCCCAGGCAGAGAAGGAGAACAUAGGACUUGCAGCCCCCUCCUCGCAACCUCAUCAUCCACACCCAGCAGCAGCAGCCCCCCAGGGCCAGGCCAGGCCACUGUGCCGAUUCUACUCCCAGGGCAGGCACUGCCACUGGGGCAAGAGGUGCCGCUUCCUGCACCAGAGGAGCCAGGCAGAUGAGGCCAAGCAGGCGCUGAGUACCCUGGAGAACAAGCCCCCCAUUGGGGCAGACAGCCAGCCAGAGCAGGGCCAGGGUCCAGGAGAACCGCAGCCUGUGGCCUCUGGAGCACAGGACUCAGCUGCUAGACAAGAGACGUGCCAGGCCUUAGGUGCCUUCAGGUCUGGUCAGUCGAGGGAGCAGCUGCAGCAUAAGCAACCACAACAGCAACAACAUCAACGCCAUCAUCAUCAGCUGCCACAACAUGGUAAGCAGCAGCAGCAGCAGCAUCAACACAAUCAGGAGAAACCGCAGCAGCAGCAGCAGCAUCAGCAGCAUCAGCAGCAUCCAAGACCGCCACCGCCACGUCAGCAACCAAACAGGAAGCCAUGCCGCUACUUCCUCUCCGGCUACUGUGCCAUGGAGGACAGGUGCCGCUUUGCCCACCCAGACCGCUUCCCGCCAGUCACAGACCAGCACCCACUGCCACCACCACCCUCCACCGAGACCAACAAUGUCGGGGCAAACCAUGUCAGACCGAGUCCUAGGCCCAGGGUCCCUGUGGGCCGUCCCCAGCCCCCGGGGCAGCAGCAGGAGGUGAAGCUGAGCGAGCUGACGGAGGACCUGGCUACACAGCUGCGCUCCACAGAGCUCCAGCAGCUCACCAAGCGCUUCCCCAGGGAGAAGCUCAUCGUGCAGGAGAGGGAGGACGGCCAGGUCACUUACUACCGGGCCACCGUACAGCCCACAGACCCCGACUGGCCUUUCGAUCUGAAGGAUUUGGACAUCAUGGUUUGCUUUCCCGACAAUUAUCCGCAAGAGGUGUUUACAAUAGAAGUCCCACUGGACCAAGACCUGCCUUCUGUCAUGGGAAGGCAUGUGCAGCAGGCGUCCACAGAGUGGCUCCAGGCCAAGCACGCCACCAACCAGCUGAUGGGGAAAGUGGAGCUGCUCUUCAGGCCCUUUCUACGCUGGCUGGACCGCAGCAUGGAGAGGCUCUUCACCGAGGGGGCCAGGAAGCUGAAGAAGGAUGUGGAGGCGGAGAGAGCCGGCAUCCAGUUCGUGCCUUACGAGCAGCUCCAGGCGGCCGUGUUAAAGCAGGACCCCCAGUUCUCGUCCACAUCCGGCCCAGACGCCUCCCCAGACUCCCCCACCGCCUCAGAGCAAGGGGGGCUGGAGGACAGAGACCAGGCUGGAGCAGGGAGCGACGAUGAUGAAGAGGAAGAUGAGGAUGAAGAGGACGAAGAGGAUGAGGAUGAGGAGGAGGAUGAGGAGGGCAACAGUCGGAAGGUGGAGAACGUGAAGAGCGGCGAGCGGAGGAAGGGGACGGAGGUGAAGCUCCUGGGGCUGAGGCUGGGGGAGGGGACGGCCACCGUGGUGGCACGACAGCUCACCGUCUCACUGCAGUGCAGCAGGUGUAAGGUGGCGUCGGACCUGACUCUGAGCGGGCGGCUGGCGUGUACUGCCCAGUGUGAGAAGUGUGGAGCGGGCAUCAGCGCUGCCUUCAGACCCAGCAUGCUGCACGCCUACAGUGAUGUGCUGGGCUAUCUGGACCUCAAUGGGGUGGUGCCUGUGGACCUGGUGCUGCAGGAGGCGGAGCUGGCUGUGGGAUGCCUCAACUGCAAUCAAGAAGACACAGUACAGAAUGUGGCAUAUGGUCAGAAUAAGGAGACGAACUGUCAGCAGUGCCACAGUAAACUCAGCAUCUUCGUGGAGAGCACUCGCUUCCAACUCAUACAGCCACACACCAGGAAACCCACAGGGCAGUCAACACAGCCGUUUCGGCGGCACAGAGACCCUGCCAUCCAGGGUGGGAAACCCCUACCAGACAAAGGGGCCUGCAGGCAUUACAAGCAGAGUCAUCGCUGGCUUAGGUUUCCGUGCUGUGGCAGGGCGUACCCAUGUGACGUGUGCCAUGACGAGGACCAGGACCAUCCCAUGGAGCUGGCAACCAGGAUGAUCUGCGGACACUGUGCCAAGGAACAGCCCUUCAGUAACGGGCGUCCGUGUGUGAGCUGUGGAGGCCUGAUGACCAGGCUAGCUCACAGCAGCCACUGGGAGGGAGGACUCGGCUGCAGAAACAAAGUCAAGAUGAACAGGAAUGACCGUCAGAAGUAUGCAAAUACAAAUAAAACCAUAUCGAGGAAAUCUACUGCUGCCAAGAAGUGAGUCUUUCAAGAGACUCAUCUCCGGAUACUAUUACCAUCACAUUUCAUUUCGUUGUGAACUGUGUGAUUUCUUGCCAAAAUAAAUUGAAGCUUUACCGGCA